CACCCCUCCACGCCGCGAAACAGACGGAACCAGCCCCGGCUUCACUUCACCUCAGCCGCCGCUUCUGUCCGCUGCUGAGCGACAUUUUACCUGCGUCUGUCCCGCUGCCGAUUUCUUGCGUGCGCGCCAGCUGGCCGUCUCUGCUGCAACUCACCUCUGUUUGCGAAGUACCCCACCGCUGCGGGGAACCCUGGAGCUGACCAACACGUUCCCUCCGUACACGGCUGCCAUCGCUCUGUGCGCCUUGGAGCCCUGCUUUUCUGAAGUGAGGCUACACGGUCCGCUUAGAUUUUCCCCGGCCUCUUUGAGCGCGCACAUCGUCAGUCAGCAGCGCGGCUGAACACCCGUCACACCGCCCGACUGGUGACCACCGACACCCUUCGCCUGUGCGCAACAACUCCUACAAGUCUGAAAUGGCCUCAAACGGCGGAUCAGGCGCGCACACGCCGAACGCACAAGCACAAGCUCAGGUCCAACCAUGCCGGUACAAGACAGGAAAAACGCUGGGGGCGGGCAGUUAUUCGGUGGUGAAGGAGUGUGUGCACAUCGACACCGGGCGAUACUAUGCGGCAAAGGUCAUCAACAAGCGCCUGAUGGCAGGAAGAGAACACAUGGUUAGGAAUGAGAUUGCCGUCCUGAAGCGCGUGUCCAUGGGACACAGGAACAUCUUGACGCUUGUCGACUACUUCGAGACGAUGAACAACCUCUACCUCGUCACGGAUCUCGCCUUAGGAGGCGAGUUGUUCGACCGCAUCUGCCGCAAAGGAAACUACUACGAGUCGGAUGCUGCCGACCUCAUUCGUGCCACCCUCUCCGCUGUUGCGUAUCUGCACGACCACGGCAUCGUGCAUCGCGAUCUCAAGCCCGAGAACUUGCUCUUCCGCACUCCAGAAGACAACGCAGACCUGCUCAUUGCAGAUUUUGGACUUUCACGUAUAAUGGACGAGGAGCAGUUCCACGUCCUCACCACGACCUGCGGUACGCCAGGCUACAUGGCGCCCGAGAUCUUCAGAAAAACCGGCCACGGGAAGCCAGUUGACAUCUGGGCCAUCGGCGUGAUAACCUACUUCCUCCUCUGCGGCUACACCCCCUUCGACCGCGACUCCAACCUCGAGGAGAUGCAAGCCAUCCUCGUCGCCGACUACUCCUUCACCCCGCUCGAGUACUGGCGCGGCGUCUCCCUCAAAGCGCGCGAGUUCAUCCGGCGCUGCCUGACCGUCGACCCCGCCGCCCGCAUGACCGCCCACGAGGCUCUCAGCCACCCUUGGAUCGCGGACCUCGGCGACAUCUCCGCUGAAGGCGAAGAGGACCUGCUACCCACCGUCAAGAAGAACUUCAACGCCCGUCGCACACUACACGCUGCCAUCGACACUAUCCGCGCUAUCAACCAGCUGCGUGCCGGUGGUGCAGCGGGCAUGAUGGAUGGCGCGAGGUCGGGCGAGCCGAGGCGAGGGGCACCGCCGCUGAAUGUCCCGCAGCCGGUCGCGGAUGAGGAUCCCAUGGACAUCGACAAGAUUGAUAGUCGGGGCAAUGGGCAUGGGCAGACGGAUGAAAUGAUUAGGGAGCAGGAGCGGAGGAUUCAUGAGACGCAGCAGGGACUGUGGGCGGGGAGGAGAUGAGUGGGAUUUCCCUUGGAUGCGGAGUGAAGGGGUGAUGUGUUUGACCACGUAUGUGUGAGGGGUCAGUCAAAUGUACAGCAUUGGCGGACA